GUGGUUAGCUGCGGGUGGCAACUCCGCCUGCUUAACAGUAACAGCGACAAUACACAACAGUUGUGCCACUGCUGCGUCGCAGUUUAACAUAAACCUUUUGUUUACCAUCGUCCAGCGCCAUUUAGCCUUCAGCUCCGGAGGUGCGCACAAGCCCAACCGCUCGCUCGGCUGCUCCCAAUGCACACGCUGGCCAACAACAAUUGCCUGACAUGCCUGCAGAAACUGGACGCUGACGGACAGGUGCCGGCAGCGCAUGCCAUAGACGUGGAGCUGCAGCGUCUGCUGGUGCAGCAUUUGGAAUGGCAGCCAACCGAAUUGUCCAGCGAAUGGCUGCCCCAGCAGCUGUGCACGGCCUGCCACCAGCAGCUGCUGGGCUACGAGCUGUUCCAGCAACAGGCGAACGCUUGCCGCACCGAGCUCCUGUCCAUGCUGCGACAGCGGACGCGCCAGGAAGUGGCCGAGCCAACGGCCAGCGUAUUCGAGAUUGUGUACGAGGAGCCGGCGCCCGAUGAGCAGCAGCUGCAGCCGGAGCAGCUGCUCGAAGCGGAGUGUCAGGAUAACCCAACGCCGCCGCCUCCGCCGCCGGAUCCAAUUGAUGAGCCGGCUAUGGAGGAAGUGCAGCCACAGCCCAUCGUGGAGCCAGGUGCACGGCGUCGCAGCAAGGGCCUGAAGAACAGCUUCAAGUGCGUGCAGUGCGGGCACAGCUUUGCGCACAGCCUGACGCUCCAGGCGCACGUGCGCAAGGUGCACGAGGGCAGCAAGCGACCCUUCCAGUGCGAUCGCUGCGACAAGGCCUACAGCUUCAUGGGCGGCCUCUACACGCACAUCAAGGAGAUACACAGCCCCCAGGAGCGCUCCUAUCGCUGCGACCAGCCCGGCUGCGAGCGCGUCUACAUCAGCUGCAUUGCCAUGCAGAAGCACAAGCGGCUCAAGCACAGCACCGCUGCCGCGCCCGCCCGCAAGUACGUGUGCGAGCAGUGCGGCGCCACAUUCAACCAGACAGCGAAUCUCAAGUAUCAUCGGCGCACCAAGCAUCCCACCGCCGACGAGGCGGCGGCCAAUGCGCGCGCCAGCGAGCAGCACUUUUGUGAUAUAUGCCAGAAGCACUUUCACUCCCGCUACACGCUCAAGUAUCACACGAUGCAGCAGCAUCAGGUGGACGGAGUGGAUACGGGUGCGGGCGCGGGCACGGCGGGCGUCACGAUGCACGAGUGCCAGGUGUGCGGGCGUCGUUUGGCCAAGCGUUUCAUGCUCGUCCAGCACAUGCUCAUGCACAGCGCCGAGAAGCUGCCGUGCGAGCAUUGCGGCCGUCUCUUUGCCCGCAAAUUCGAGCUGGAGGCGCACAUCCGGGCGGUGCAUCUUAAGCUGAAGCCCUUCGGCUGCAAGUACUGCGAGGAGUCGUUCGCCUCGCGCAAAACCCAGCGCCAUCACGAGUAUAUACACACGGGCGAGAAGCCGUAUGUGUGCCAGGUGUGUGGCCAGGCGUUCCGCCAGCAGACGUGCCUCAAGAACCAUGGCCGGGUGCACGAGAAGAACAAGUAGGCCGCGACCAGGCGGGCGGGAGUAUUUACAUAGUUUUUAGUUAUAUUUCCAAAUAUAUAUG